CAAUUGGGCUAAUAAUUUGUGUAAUUGUAGAGUUCUUUAAAUUGUUUUCAAUGUCACCCAUUUUGUAGCUAGUCACUCUUAUCAAGUUGUUUGCUUUAGACUUAUUUAUACUUUGUCGGCAAUAUAAUAACCUGUUGAUGAAUAAAGUCUUAAUUUUUGUGUCCUUCCUCCCAGCUAUAUCUGUUUAAGUUAAAUAAUCGUAGACCAUGAGUGAAAGCAAGGAAAAAUUCAAAUUUGCCAUCGAUAGAGGUGGUACUUUCACGGACGUUUUUGCAAAAUGUCCUGGAGGUAAAAUACGAGUCCUUAAACUCUUAUCUGAAGACCCUCAGCAUUACAAGGACGCUCCGACUGAAGGAAUUCGCAGGAUAUUACAAGAGGAAACUGGUAACGCUUUGGAUAGCGACGGCAACGUUGACAGUACUCUAAUCGAAUGGAUUCGAAUGGGUACCACUGUCGCUACCAACGCUUUACUAGAGCGCAAAGGCGAAAGAAUAGCUUUUGUAACCAAUGAGGGUUUCAAAGACAUUCUUUUGAUCGGUAACCAAGCUCGACCAAAAAUUUUUGAACUAAACAUUAAACGACGCGAAGUCUUGUAUUCUGAAACUGUAGAAAUAGACUGUAGAGUGGUACCACUUCUGAAAGGCCGUUGCGAAUUAGGAGACUCAGUUUUGAGGAAGUGGCGGGUUGUGGAAACCCCCACCGGGGAAAGAUUUUACAUAACUCGCGAACUCAACAAAGACGAGGUUUACAAUAAGUUGAAAGCGAUUAAAGAUAAAGGGAUUAAUAGUAUUUCGGUGGCGUUGGCUCACAGUUACACUUAUCACGACCAUGAGAUUGAAAUCGGCAAAAUUGCGGAAAAAAUCGGCUUCCAACACGUGUCCCUCUCCCAUCAGAUCAUCCCAAUGGUACGGAUUGUACCUCGCGGGUUCACUUGCUCAGCCGAUGCUUAUCUCACCCCUCACGUCAAACGCUACGUCGCGGGGUUCUCCCAUGGGUUCAAAAAUAACCUACAAGGUACUCGGGUACUGUUCAUGCAAAGUGACGGUGGUUUGACCCCAAUGCACCAUUUUAACGGUGCUAGGGCCAUUUUGUCGGGGCCAGCAGGGGGCGUGGUUGGCUAUGCGGUCACCACGUGGCAGAAAGAGACCCAUUUGCCAGUCAUUGGGUUCGAUAUGGGUGGUACCUCGACUGACGUAUCCCGAUUUGCUGGUAACUUUGAACAUGUUUACGAGAGUACCACUGCUGGUGUUACGAUCCAAGCACCGCAACUUGACGUCAAUACUGUGGCUGCUGGGGGUGGUUCCAUGCUGUUUUUCAGGUCGGGGAUGUUUGUGGUGGGGCCUGAGUCGGCUGGGGCGCACCCAGGCCCUGUGUGUUACAAAAAAGGGGGCCCUUUGACGGUAACCGACGCCAAUUUGGCCCUAGGCCGACUUCUGCCUGACUAUUUUCCGAAAAUAUUUGGCCCGAAUGAAGACUCAGCUUUGGAUAAAGUGGCAACAAUUGAAAAAUUUCAAAGUCUGACGAAUGAAAUUAACGAUUUUUUGAACCGGGAGACUUUGAUGACCAUGGAAGAGGUAGCGAUGGGUUUUAUUAAAGUCGCUAAUGAGAGUAUGUGUCGCCCAAUUCGGGCUUUGACCCAAGCCAAGGGCUACGAUACCGCUCGCCAUGCCCUUGCCUGUUUUGGCGGGGCUGGUGGGCAACAUGCCUGCGCAAUUGCCCGGUCUUUGGGCAUGACGACGGUGUUUGUGCACAAAUAUGCCGGGAUUUUGUCGGCUUAUGGCAUGGCGUUGGCAGAUGUGGUUAACGAAGCGCAGGAACCCUGCGCCAAAGUCUACAAUGAUCUCAGUUUUGGGUACUUCGACGAACGGUUUGAUGCCUUGGAGGAGCAGUGCCGGAAGGAGUUGAGGAAGCAAGGCUUCAGUGACGAGAAUAUCGAAUUGAAGCCUUUUUUGCAUAUGAGGUAUGAUGGUACCGAUUGUGCGUUGAUGUGUAGCCCAGAACCGGGGAAAUCCGGUACCAAACGUGGCGAUUUCAUGAGUGCCUUCUUGGAGCGGUACCAAGCCGAGUUUGGGUUCGUGAUCCACAAGAGGAAUGUUAUAGUUGACGAUAUAAGAGUGAGAGGGAUUGGGAAGAGUGAUCUCAUUGAGGAAGUACCAAUUGAGGUUGCCAAAGACGAUCCAAAAUGUGAACAAACGACUCAGGUUUAUUUUGAAACUGGGUUCCACGAGACAGGAGUUUACCUUCUGAAAAAUCUGAAAUCCGGGCAUGUUAUUAAAGGACCGGCGAUUAUAAUGGACAAUUUGAGUACCAUUUUGAUCGAACCCGACUGUACUGGUACUGUAACCAAAUUUGGGGACGUUAAAAUCACCAUUGGUUCCGGUCAUGUGAAGGAAAUCGGGCCUGAGCUAGACUCGAUUCAGCUCAGUAUUUUCAGCCACCGGUUUAUGAGCAUCGCUGAGCAGAUGGGGAGAAUUUUGCAGCGUACUUCAAUCUCGACUAAUAUUAAGGAGCGUUUGGACUUCUCGUGUGCUUUGUUCGGCCCUGAUGGGGGUUUGGUCUCCAACGCCCCUCACAUCCCAGUCCAUCUGGGGGCCAUGCAAGAGGCCGUUCAGUACCAGAUGAAAACCAGACAAAAAUUUAGCGAGGGUGAGGUGAUUUUGUCCAACCACCCUGCUGCUGGGGGCUCGCAUUUGCCCGACUUGACCGUAAUCACCCCCGUUUUCCACAAGGGGCAGCCUGACCCAAUCUUCUUUGUGGCGAGUCGGGGACACCAUGCCGACAUCGGUGGAAUCACCCCCGGGUCAAUGCCGCCCCAUUCCACCACUUUGAGCCAAGAAGGGGCGGCUUUCAAGUCGUUUAUCUUGGUGGAAAAUGGGCGAUUCCUCGAAGACGAGGUCAUUGCCGCGUUCACUAAAGCCGGUGGUCGCAAUUUGAGUGACAACAUCUCGGAUUUGAGGGCCCAAGUCGCUGCGAAUAAAAAGGGCAUUGCGUUGGUGGGGGAGUUGAUCGAGCAGUAUGGUUUGAGGGUGGUGCAAGCCUACAUGGACCACAUCCAGAGGAAUGCCGAGGUGGCGGUGCGCGACAUGUUGAAGCAAGUGGCUAAGGAUACGUUCGAGAGGACGGGGAGGACUGUUCUGGAAGCGGAGGAGCACAUGGAUGAUGGGUCCCCAAUUGUGCUUAAAGUGACGCUGGAUCGGGAAAAGGGCUCCGCUUUUUGCGACUUCACGGGCACUGGACCGGAAGUUUGGGGUAACUGCAAUGCGCCCAAAGCCAUCACGCUCUCGGCCCUUAUUUACUGCCUGCGCUGCAUGGUCGGACACGACGUUCCGCUUAAUCAGGGCUGUCUUGCUCCCGUGCAAAUCAACGUCCCUAAAGGCUCCAUUCUCGACCCCAGUGACAACGCUGCGGUCGUCGGCGGCAACGUUCAAACGUCCCAAAGAGUUGUCGACGUUGUUUUGAAGGCCUUCAGGGUGUGUGCCGCCUCGCAAGGWUGCAUGAAUAAUAUUACGUUUGGCAGCGGCUCCUGGGGCUGCUACGAGACGGUCGCAGGAGGCAGCGGCGCGGGCCCCGGAUGGCACGGAUGUUCCGGAGUGCACACACAUAUGACUAACACGAGGAUCACCGAUGUUGAAAUAUUGGAAAGGAGAUAUCCCGUACAUGUGCGCAAGUUUAUGUUACGACCAGGCACCGGCGGCGGUGGCAGAUUUAGGGGCGGCGAUGGAGUCUUAAGGGAGAUUUUGUUUAGGGCGCCGGUGACGUUGUCGGUUCUCACUGAGAGGAGGGUCCUGCAACCUUAUGGAAUGAACGGUGGCAGUCCUGGCGCUCGAGGCCUCAAUCUCUUAAUCAGAGUCGACGGUAGGACCAUCAAUCUCGGUCCGAAAACUGCAGUACCCAUUUCACCCGGGGACGUCUUCCAGCUGCACACGCCGGGUGGCGGAGGUUACGGCAGCGACCAGGACGCAUUCCAGUACUCGGGGAACACCAGAACUAACGCUUCUCUUGGGACUUUCGUCGAGCGGGGAAGCGUUUUCGAGUACCGUCAAGGCCAAGAAAGCGUGUAAAUCCCUCUUGAUUUGUUACUCGCGACUGCGGCCGAAUCUUAACUAGAGCUUUUUCUCAAACUUUGUUAACCUAUUAGAGAGUUUAAAUAAAUGGUUGCCGAAUUUCCUUCUAA